CUUGUUCCUCCAGCAGACUUUGCUGUUGGAAUUUCACACAUACUCUUCACACACGGGAGGUGGGCUUUGCUAUAAGGGCUUGUUUAUUGAUCCUGGGAGCUGCCUCCUGUCACACCUAGCCUCUCCCCAGCAGGGGCUUAAAUGUCAGCUGAUGAAGCCAUCUGCGGGGAAGAGGGGUGGGUAGUCAGUUCCUGGUGGACCUACUAGAAUCAGAACCACUACUACCACCACCCCCAGCAGAGGAGCUCCCAGGUUGCAGUCAGAUGGGCAGUUGUGGGAACUGGCUGGCAGGUGGAGCCCUUGGGGGCAGGAGAGUUGGAGACUCCAAAAAAACCUGAGUUUAGAUGGCACAUGCUGAGGAGUUGGCAGGCUUGUCCAAGGCCACACAGCUGGGAUGGGGCAGGGCUGGGAUUCAGACCCUGCCCUAUCUUGGCCUCUAGAGUCCCCCUUUAUCAAUACUCUUGAGUUUAGUCUCCUCCGUGGUACUUUACGGGUACCAGGCCCACCAGUGUGAUCCUGACACACAGAUGGGAAGAUGGUUGAGGGCUGCAUGCUAGACUUCAGUCUCUGUGAAAUCCCCGUCCUCACCCUGUCCACUCCAGGACGGGGGGCUCGUACAAGGGGCCUUGGCUUCCUGGGGACCCACGUGGGGUUCUGUCCACAGGGUCCUGGGCAUUAGGGGUGACCCGGCCCCACCUCUUGCUCCCAGGGCUAGCCCGUGUCACUGCCACACUGCCUGUUUCCCAAGGGAGGAAACAGACCCAGAAAAUGUUAAACUCGCCUAAGUCCACAGUGGGAGGUGGAGUCAGUCAAGGCUGGGAGCGGAAAUCAUAGUUGCAGAAGUUUGCAGUGGCUUCUAAGUCUUAGAUUCCGAAGUCCCAAAUCAGGGCCUCUCCUCCGGGAGAAUCCAGGGAAGAGUGCCUGGAUACGUAAGAGUUCGGUGUGGGAAGAACCCAGGCUGGACCGGGGAGAAUUUUGAGCAGGGGGAAAGUAAUAAGCAUGUCCUGCGUUGCACGUGGGCCUGACACCGAAGGACUCGGUCCUUUCAAUCCGGAAGAUGUUCGUGAGGAUGAGCGAGCGACUCAGCCCUGAGUAAAUAAGGACGGAAUGGCGCCUCUCUUUAAAACAAGACAUUACUUCCGCCGCCCCAAACAAGGAUGGAACAGCAAACGAGCAGUGCACUUCCGCCCGGAAGGAGGCCAACAGAAGGCACUUCCGCCACCUCUUAAGAUGGCGCCGGCGGAAGGGGCGGAGUACCUCUGGGUGGUGAUGGCAGCGUCGCGGUUGGAGCUGAACCUGGUGCGGCUGCUGUGCCGGUGCGAGGCGAUGGCAGCGGAGAGGCGGGACCCGGACGAGUGGCGUCUGGAAAAGUACGUGGGAGCCCUCGAGGAUAUGUUGCAGGCCCUGAAAGCCCAGGCGAGCAAACCGGCCUCAGAGGUGAUCAAUGAAUAUUCUCGCAAGGUAGAUUUUCUGAAGGGGAUGUUGCAGGCAGAGAAGCUGACCUCCUCCUCAGAGAAGGCACUAGCCAACCAGUUCCUGGCCCCUGGCCGUGUGCCAACCACAGCCAAGGAGCGGGUGCCUGCCACAAAGACAUUGCAUCUACAGUCACGGGCACGGUACACCAGUGAGAUGCGGAGUGAGCUGCUAGGCACGGACUCUACUGGAGAGCCUGAACUGGACGUGAGGAAGAGAACUGGGGUGGCAGGGCCCAGGCCAGGGGAUGAGAAGCAGUCAGCAGCCGAGCUAGACCUCGUCCUGCAGCGACACCAGAACCUCCAGGAGAAGCUGGCGGAGGAGAUGCUAGGCCUGGCCCGGAGCCUCAAGACCAACACACUGGCUGCCCAGAGUGUCAUCAAGAAGGACAACCAGACCCUGUCACACUCACUCAAGAUGGCUGACCAGAACCUGGAGAAGCUGAAGACAGAAUCUGAGAGGUUGGAGCAACAUACACAGAAGUCAGUCAACUGGCUGCUCUGGGCCAUGCUUAUUAUUGUCUGCUUCAUAUUCAUCAGCAUGAUCCUCUUCAUCCGUAUCAUGCCCAAACUCAAAUAAAGACCUGGCCUGAUCCAUC